AUGGAUCCCCCUCCUUUCCCAUUCUCUGAUAAUGAACUGACCAAGAUUGGUGUCCUUAAUAAUGAAGGGGUCCCCGUCGGACCUGCUGCACAUGUACUCGAGAUGAUGAAAAAACGUCCAGACCUGAUCAAGCCCUCCCUGUUUGCUCUUCAGUGUCUCAGCCUCCAGAACUCACUAUACAGGCGCCCCAGCUCACCCCCCUCGCUUAAUUCCCCUACUUUCAGCAACCCAUCAAACUCAACCGAUUCCCCUACCGUCACCCUCACCAACGAGGCAACUGUUGUUUCUGAGCAUGCUCCUGACACCUAUGAACGUAUGUGCUAUUAUACUGGGAACAAUUCGGACCACCCGAAACUUGUGUACCGUUCUGAUGCUCUCACCACACCAUUUCUCAAGCCUGUGGGCAGAUUUGCCCGUGUCCCCGUCAAGUCUGUCAGUGGAGUCUUUGAUACCCCUUUGAACAAGGUUUGGGAUACUGUUGAUCCCCAAAUUCGUGAUAUCAUGAAGGCGCACAAGAUCAAGUGGGUUUCUAUUGGCAAAGUUCGCUUCUUCACACAUGGUCCAAUCGGAGAAGAGGAGAAAGGCAGUCUUGGCCCUGUUGUGAUCGUCCCAUCAGCAAAAUGGGAAAAAGUCCCCGACUCUAAGGAGGGUUCUGUCGAACACGAAUGUGCUUUACUGAAUGGGUAUUUCAAUAGCUCCAAAACUAUCGUCUAG